CUGGAAAGUCCCAAUGGGCACCCAGCUGCGGAGGAUAACUCCAGUGAUUCAGGUGGUUCUUACUUGUCCUACCGAAGUCCCAGUCAGCAGGGAUAUUAUAAAUCCCCCGUCAGCUCGCGCGCGGGAACCCCUCCUCUAGAAGAACCCCAAAUGCUUAACCGGGCUGUGAAUAUCAUGAAGCAAAUCACGACCGACGAUCAACAUGUUCUUGCCCAGGCUGCUGCUCUCCGCCAGAGAGCGGCAGAGUUAAAAGAACAGGCGAAGAAUGUCCGAGACGUCGUGCGCGCCGAGCAGGGGCGCCGCCUGAGAUUGGAGGCCUACUUCACGUACUGGAGGGAGAUUGCGCCCAAAUGGCCGAAAGAUUGGAUAUACGAAGAAGGCGAGGAGGAUCAGAUCCGGACAGAGCGAGUGUUAAAGGCUAUGACACCAACGCUGCCAUCAACAGGCCCAGUAGGCCCGCCCACCUUGUCUUUCGACGGAAGAGACGCACCGGACUCGCAUCGGGAAUUGAGACGUCGUCAGCUGCAGCCACGACAAGAAGCUCAAGAUGAGCAGGCAGGAAAGCGUUCCAUUCGCCCGCCUUCGCCGCAGUUGACCACCAAAGGAAGGGCGGCAAAACGAAAACAUUGCGCUUAAAAUGUUCAGGAUUCGUACUUCGAGCUUGAUCUACAGAUGUUACUUUACCCUCAGUCAUGAUAUAUCCCGUG